CAGCUUUUUAGUUGCAAUGAUUUUAUGAAAGACACAGUGUGCAGUUAGUAGAUGUUGUUGUUUUGGUACUUGACUACCCAUAUCCACUAACAGAAAUGCAAAGAGCUGUGCCUCGACAGACUCCUACGUCAGAGGUGUUCACCCAGGGUGAGGGUGCCUCAAACCUUCUCAAACUGAGCCACACAAAGUUUUAAAGGAACAAUAAACACCAAAACCACCUCUGUAUAUUUGCUAAAACUCGUGAUGAUGGAAACUCUCUAAGCACCGUAAUCAUAGCAGCUCCGGCAGAGAGUUUCCAACUCUUCGAGGCAGGGAUUAGUACCCCACAUAAGCAGUUUAACGGUUUGACUAAUAUUACACUGGUGAGGGAAGUUGGCAAGGACACUCCUGGCUCCAUAACUGCUAUUGUGAACUGUAGUGAUUAUGGUACUUAGAAUAUUCUGUUAAUCCUUAAUUAAACUGAGUCCUUUUCACCUGUCAAUUAAAAUAGGUUUAAAAAAGUAACAACUGUUAAAACAUCUACUCUGUUCAUACGAAAUUAAUCCAAUUUCAAGUUGACUGUUUUUCUCAUUUUUGGGGGCAAUGUAGUUUUAAACAAACGUGUUGGUACAAGCAAGAUACUAAACUAAAACCUAUGUUACAGAUCCACAGAUCUUCUUGGAACCUUCCACGACUCCAUUAAAAGAAGGCGAUCCGGAAGGGAUUGUGGCCGAAUGUAUUGCUAUAGCGAAUCCUGCGCCAAUUAUCAAAUGGAACACAGGAGAUUUCACACAUAAUAUAGAUAGCAUUGUAGAACAGCAUGAAAAUUUAAGUGUGACGGUAGUGAGCAAGUUGAAAAUGAAACCGCUACGAGAUCUCUAUGGUCAGAACUUUACUUGUGUGGUUACUCAGAUGCAAACUGAAUGGAAGCAGGAGAAAUCGGUAACCAUAUGGAAUAUCCAUUGUGAGUAUGGCACAGAAUUCCUACUUUUGUAGUGGAGCCAGAAUUUAAAUUGUGCUAUACAGCAAUCCGUAAAAUGUUACUAAGAUAGAAAACUGAUCCACCAAUCUAGGCAAAUAGCUCAUAAAUCCACAUACGGUACAGUUGUAGGUCAGAUUUCUAUUAUGACAGAUAUCUGCGGCAGAAAAUGUCCAUUAAAUGUGAGGUUUUAAUUGGUUUGAAUGCAUUGUUUUUGUACAUUUUAAUUCUUUAUCUAUACAAUAUAUACAAGAAAAAAGCUAGAUGAAUCCCAGUUAAUAUAAAGGUCAGGGUCCUUAGUGCUAUAUAUUCUGUACAGUGUCUUAUUUUCCUAAUACAUUCGUGGAUAACCUCAGCAUCUCUGAUUAAAUGACACUCCAAGGACCAUAACCACUUUCUCUGUAUUGGCCAUGUUGCCGGGGGUAUCCUGGCACUCCCUCAUUAUAGAGAGUCAACCCAUUUCUGAACAGUUUGACUUCUUACCUGAAUCCACUGGGUGCCGCUCCCUGUCUCCACUACCAACACCAGAGAGCUGGAAGUUCCUAAGCGGUGCAAUGCAGGGUUUAGCUCUAUAUCUGCUUAGGAAUUUCCUGCUCUCCAGAGUUUGUAGCGGAAAUGGGGAGCAGUGCCUGGGAGACCUGUGGUUAGAAGUCAAACCGUGCCUAAAUGAAUUGACUGCACGCAAAAGGUUGACGCCAGUGUACUCCUGGCACCAUAACAACUAAGGCGAGCAGUAGAGGUUAUGAUGCUAACCUCUACUUAGCAUCUUGCCUGGUCUUGUUGAUUCUGAGCAUCAUUGUGGAAACUUAUAAUUUUAAUAUAUUUCUACUAUGUUUCUUUUAAGAAACUUGUGCACUUUAAAUUAUAUCUCUUCUCAUGUCAACACAAUAAAUGGCGUUUUUGUCCUCUGUUCACAAUGUAUCAUUUUAAUGCUUGGGUCUUGCCUCCCACCCCACUAUUUUUUUGUUUGUUUUUGUUUAAGUUGCCCCUUAUGAUGUACGUCUUCUUGUGGACUCCAGUAAGGGAAACCAUCUGGAAUUUUCCUGUCAAUACCAUUGCAAUCCUGUGCCUCUUAAUUUUACUUGGAAAAGGUAAGGUUUCAGAAUUUCUUUGAAGAUUGACCAUAGAAGCACUGUUUAUUUAUGGAUAUAUUAGAAUAUUAUAUAUUGAAUUUCUUUAUCCCCAUGAAUACGAUUUCUACAAGGAAUACAACUGGGCAUAUCUCUUUGAUGUGUAAUGUGCACACACCUCCAAUUAAUUGCUGUCUUAAAGGGACACUAUAACCAGACCAUUAAAGCUUAUUUGGGAGCUGUACCUGAUGCUCUACCACAGUCAAAACAAACAUGUCUCCAGGCAUAGUGAAAAGGUUACAGAGCUCAGGAAAAAUAUUCUGAAUGGAUCUGCUGGUAUAUUCAAAAUGUAAUUGUGUGUGUACUUGUGUUUUGCGCAUUGUGUCUGUGUAUUGUUUAUGAAAAAAGAAACACUUGUGAUUUAUUUCAUGUAAUCUUACUGCUGUGUGGCUGUCCUAACGCUAUAGGCAUUAGGAGAGAGUACUCUAAUUGCUAACAUUGUCAUCCUGAGCAUUAGGAGCAGGUCGCAAUUUCCAUUAUUACAUUUUACGAUCCUUUUAACAUUUGUAAAGUUCCAGUGAAGAUAACAUUCUGUUUGUGUUUUACAGGGAGAGUGACUCGGGCAUAGAAUAUAUAAAAGCGACUAACCACUUGACUGUACCGGACAACAUGAAUAAAGUUCUGUAUGUUUGUGAAGUGAGAAACUCACUGGGCAGCAUGUCGGGAAGUACCUACAUCUAUUCAAAGAAAGGUAGCUUUAAAUUCGCCAUGUCCAUGAAUAAUAUGUUACUGUUGGUUUUUAGAACAUGACUUGGCCUAGAGCCAGGUCGGAAUAGCUUUAUUUAUUGCCCUGGGUGUUUUACAUCUGAGCCAUUGUGUGCAUUGCUGUUACAAGCUUAAUAAGCUUUCAAAAUCAGAGAUUGUUACUGUGAAUAUUUGUUAAUGUGUAUAUUAUAAUAAAUCCAAAGUAGAUUUUCACCCAUAAUCACACCAAAAAAAGCAGACAAUUAACUUUAAAAAAAAAAAAAAAAGAAACUUGAUUUUCUGCUUGUUUUGACAGGGCCCGGUUCACCUCCCGUUCCAUUAUGUCUUACUUGUUUUGUUAGAAUUAAAUGUUUGUCUUGCUUCCUGUUGUACAGCGCUGCAGAAUAUGUUGCCGCCAUAUAAAUAAUUGUAAUUACCUCGGCUGAGUUGGCAGCAAUGUGCUUCAAUCUGCUUCAACAACUGAACAUGGGUUGGUGGAUUUUCUAUCCCCUAAAUCACUGUGAAUGUGGAACCCAGAUAGCUGUGACUAGCGUAUUCUUUAAGAAGACCAAGCUCCCCCAUAUUUGAAACCGAUACCCUCAUAUGGUACCCCCUUAAAUAAAAACAUGUUAUACCUCCCUAUUAACCUGAAAGUACUUGGCAAGUGUCCCUAUCUCUUACUUUACUUUGUGUGGUGCAAGGUGAGGGGUUUAUGGUAAUAGGGGAUUCAUUUAUUUUAGAAAUUUGAGUCCCCUGAGACUUCUUUUAAAAAGGUUCAUCCUGUCAGUGAGGAAGUUGGCUUUGUCAUUUACAGCUUGUAUUUCAACUGGUGCUUCCUCUCCCAGCACCUGCAUUUUUAUUUACUGAACUUGAAUACUCUAGGACAGUGGUUUCCAAACCAGUCCUCAAGGCACGCCUACCAGUCCAGGAUUUAGGGAUUAUCCAAUUGCGUUUAAGGUGUUUUUAGAAAGGGGGAAAAAAAACACCUUAACACAACUGCGUUUGGAAACUACCACCAUAGGGGGGUCGCUAAUUUUAUACCAAAAUCUAUAUAUUAAAUGUUCUAAAUUGGUUUUUGUUUCCACAAUUUUGAGAUAAAGUUCCCAGCAAUUCACAGUUUGUCAAAAACAACAUAUAGAUAAUUGUAGGAGUGAUUGUUUGUUCUUCCUACCUUUUCUUUUUAUAUACUUUGUGGUUCUUAUUCACAAUUAUAAUGUUUUUUUUUUUUUUAUGUUUUUGUGUUUUUUCCUUUUGUUUUCUAGCCCCUAUUAGUGCGUUCUGGUACGUUUGCCUGGUUUUGUUGAUUCUGAGCCUCAUUGUGAUUGCUGUUCUCUUCCUUUACUAUCGGAAGAGUCGCAAGUCGGCAAGGUAUAGUACUAAUCUGCAUACGUAUCUGUCUACAGGUUGAUACCAGUUUAUUUACCGAUGGAUUUUUGUCUUAAAAUGUACUUUUCAGAUCAAUUUAUUGAAUAAACAAAAAAAUAAAAUCACUGUAAAAUCUCUCUUGUAAUGUACAGUUGGACUACAACGUGGAAUGUGAGUGAGUCCAUGUAUAUUUCUCAAAUCAGUUCAAUUCUGCAUGCUGCAGACACUGUUAGUGAACUUUUGAUUGCCGAACGACAGUGGUGUUUUGUUUUCAUUCUACCCUCAACACAUCCUAUUCUAUAGACAUUUGUCAAAAGCCUUCAGUUACAAGACACCCUGAGAUAGAGUGGAAGGUAUUCUCCACACCAUAACCUUUAUAAUGUUGCACAACUGUUAUGGUAGUUAGAGUGACUGAAAAAUGUCUAUCAUUAGUUAUUGGGGGGGGGGGAAUAGACCAGGAAAAUCCUAAUUUUUGGCCUUUAUAGUAAAGUCUGAUAAAUUCUUUGAGUUGGAGAGAGGACCUGCCGGAAGCAGAAGAUAGCGUGUGCCCAAUGCCGCCCUCUCUACAAUGUGAGUGUCACCCAGGACGCUCCACAUACCGAUAAUUGCCAAAAUGAGGAAUGUCAGCCAAUAGUAUCGGGCAAACGGAUAAUCGGUCCGACCUUAAUAUUUAUAAAUUAAUAUUUCAGUGUUUGCAGAUGACGCAAAACUCUGUAAAGUAAUACAAUAUGAGCAGGAUAUUGCUACACUGUAUAGGGAUUUAGUUAGAUUGGGGGACUGGGCACUUAAAUGGCAGAUUAAAUUUCAUGUAGAUGCAUUUGGGGUAAAGAAUGCACAAUCAACUUACACCUUAAACUGUAGCGAAUUAGGGAUAACCACACAUGAGAAGGAUUUGGGAAUUGUGCUAGACCACAAACUAGGCUACAAUGUCAAUCAGCAGCUGCUAAAGCCAGUAAAGUAUGUUCAUGUAUAAAUAGGGGCAUUCAUGCUCAGGAUAAAAAAAAUAUUUUACCUCUUUACAAAUCAAUGGUAAGACAACACCUGUAUUAAUUGUUGGGCAGCAGUUCUAAAGAAGGAUAUUAUGGCACUAGAAAACAUGCAGAGGCGGGCUACAAAAUUAAUAGACGGAAUGGAAGAUUUUAGUUGUGAAGAAAGGUUAACACAUUUAAAUCUAUUUCAUUUAGAAAAACUGCACCCUAGAGGGGAUAUGAUAGCAUUUUACAAAUAUAUGUAGGACCAAUACAAACUAUUGUCUGUAAAUCUAUUCAUAGACAGGACUGUAUGUAGGACACAAGCUCACACAUUUAGACUGGAAGAAAAGUUUUUUUUUUUUUACAGGAAGAACAAUAAGGAUGUAGACAAGGCUGGUGAAAGCAUUUUUGGCGCUCUAGGCGAAAACAAAUUUGCCGCCCUAUUUGCUUCACCCAAUCAUGCAGACUAACACACACGCUGACUCAAGUAGACACACACUGACCAUGCAAACUGACACACACGCACUAACCCAUGUAGACUGACGCACACAGACUCAUAAACACACACUGACCCAUACAUACAGACACACCUAUACAGACACACUGACCCAUACAGACACACACACUGACCUAAACAUACAUACAUGAAGCAGACUAACACACAUUCUCUGACAUUCCUUACCUGCAUUACUGUUCACUCCCUGCGCCUGGCUGCCCUUUCUCUGCACAUUAUGCUCCCGCCCACUUCUCCCCACAUCCAGCGGAAGGGACAGGAGCAAGGAAGUGAAGCGCCCGCGCGCUGCCGCAAUGCAUGCCUGGGAGGGGGGACCUGGCUGAGCGGGCGCUAGUGAGCAACAAUGUAAGUGCUUCCGAGCGGGCCGGCGCCCCCCUCCCCCCUUAAGCAGCGCCCUAGGCGGCCGCCUAGUUUCCCUAUACGGAGCACUGGCCCUGGAUGUAGAAUCUUCUGCUGCAAAAACAUAAUAUUUAGGGAUAUAAUUUUUCAUUUGUAGGGUAACAGCUUCUUCUUGAUCCAAGGAGAUAUCAGACUGCCAUUCUGGGUUCACAAAAGGAUUUUUUUCCUAGUUUGUUGCAAAAUUAUCAAAAACAUUUUUUUGGCCUUCUUUUGGAUCAACCGCAAAAACAGAAAUGAGGCUGAACUUGAUUGGUGCCUGUCUCUAUUCAGCCUAUGUAACUAUGUAAAAUGACAUCAUAUUUUGACAAAUGUAUUUUAAUAUAUUUAUUAAAUUGUAUCCAGAAAUAUGAAAUAAUUUGAAAAGCGUAACUUCCAAAAAAUUAAAUCCAGGCCUAUGUGUAACACAUGAUCUGUUUUUACAAAUGUAUUUAUUUUUUCCUUUUCUAUCAUUUGCAGAUCAGCCAAUGGCCUGUGGUGACUCCCCAGUCGCAUUUAUACCUAGAAGAAUUUUGUUUUUUUGAGCUCUGUCAUAUUUUGCUGCCUCGACAUAAAGCUGCAUCAUGGAAAAUUGCUCAUUAUAGAAUGACUGCACUUUUAAAAAAAAAAAUUUAUUUUCUACCAAUCUGUGCCGCCAUUGUUUAUUAUUAAUGCUAGUCCUGUGUUACUGCAACUAAUGACACUUAUGAUGUUAUCUUCACUGCAGAAUGACUUUGAGAUGUACUUAGUUCCAACGUCUACCUUUCAGCUUGUGGUCCGUUGAAUGUCUGUACCAAGGAGGGUGUAGUACUGAGACAGUCAUGACAUGGAUCAUUUGUAGCUAUAUUCCAGAACGGAGAGAGUAGUGUGACUCCUAACAUAACUUACUAUAUGGAACACUUAUAGCAAACUGGUUUUAUCUCAAUGUUCGAUUGAAACUGUGAUGAUUUCAGGGACAUCUCAAAUAAACAGCUGCACUACGUCGGUAUCAUACGGCAAUUUUUCAAGGCUUUGCCAUGCAUCAUACUUCUCUAAAGGACUAUUGCAACUGCUUUUCCAGAAUGCAAUGCAAUGCACCAUAGUCGUUUUUAUAUAUAUUUUUUUCUCUGAUUAUAAUUUAAUGCAAUCAAUUUAUAAAGAAUAUUAGAACAAAAUAAUGGAAUUUAAAUAACGGGUGAUUGUGAGGAGAUGAAAAUUUAAAGGGAAGUUUAGCAUUCUACCAAUCCUAUUUGUUUAGAAUUAACAUGUAUAACAUAGUGUCAUUUUAUAUGUAUGGUGUGGGGUGUAGAAUGCUUUAAAACAAAGUUUAGAGUAAGGCACUCUCUAACCAACAUAAUCACUACACUGAGCUUGCUUAGAGAGUUGUGGUGUCUGUCCAUUUAAAGGAAGACUCCAUUGAAAGUUUGUCAAUGCUUCUCAAGAGCUGCGAGUGCACACACAUGAUCGCGGCUUCCUAUGCUUCUCAAUGAGCUGUAAUAAAGGGGGGAGGGAGCCACGCGAGCUCCCACUUAGCAUGUCUGCCGCUUCCGUUGGCUCUCUGGAGCUGGUGGAGGAAAACCUCCUUGGCUGUCUGAGUGACAGCCAGGGAGAGGUUUCUACCUCAAAUUAUAAAACUCCCAUUCCAUAAUUAAUUCAUCCAACCGACCGAUUUUGGCCUCCAUUGAUUGCCUGAGAGUACUGGGAGUAGGUUCAACUAGGAAUUUCAGAGAGCUGACAAUGGGAUCUAUAAAUAAUUGACCAGGAAACUACACAUUUUAACCCAAAAAAGCCUAACUGGAAAAAAUACUCUCGCUUACCUAUAUUUCUAGUUCUGCUAUAUUUGUCUGAAAUGUGGGCAAAAUGAAUUAAUGAACCCUGGAUUAUUUAUUUCUUGAGUUUUAUUUUUUUCUUGUUUGUUAUAUCUUGGGAACCAAAACGUUGCUUUUCCCAAACCCAGAAAGUAAUAUGACAUUUCUUGCCGUAUUUAUUUGAUUGUUGGACGCCAAGAUCUGAAUUUUCUAAAAUCUAAAUUUCUUCUUCUUGGACUCUCCUUAAGGCGUUCUGGAAUGUUGCAUUUGUCCAUCCUUCAGAACACAGCCAAUAGUUUUUGCACUAAUUGUAAGAAAAGCUGCAAUGUGUUUAGAAAUAAGAGUAGCUGCUUUGGGUUGUCACUUGGGUUCUUGUAUGCUGGUUCAUCAAACCCCAACUGCCUUUAAAACCUACGGCUGCUAUGGAAGAGAAGUGAUAUUUUUAUUAUGUAUUUUGUAUUAUUCGUAACUGUUUUUGAAAUCAUGUUUGCUUUUGAAUUAAAAAAUUGUGUGUUAA